AUGUCCUCCGUCGCGGACUCCCGCGCGACGCCCGCCAAGGAGCCCUCCACCCUCACCCCGCCGAUGACGCCACCGGAAGCCAAGAACAAGGACGAUGUCCCCAUUGACAUCGACAUUCCCGACAACUACGUGUCCUGGACCAUGAAGAACCAGAAGGAGCGACCCCCGGUCACCUGGGGCAACAUCUUCAGCGAGCUCAACUACCUCUCGCUCGCCGUUCUCACCAUUACUCCCACAAUCUCCAUCGUUGGUGCGCUCACGACUCCGCUCAUGUGGCAGACCGCUGCUUUCAGUGUCUUUUAUUACUUCGUGACUGGUCUCGGCAUCACCGCUGGGUACCACCGUCUGUGGGCGCAUCGGUCGUACAACGCGUCCAAGCCGCUCCAGUACUUCCUCGCGUUGGCGGGUGCCGGCGCCGUCGAAGGUUCUAUCAAGUGGUGGUCUCGUGGCCACCGUGCUCACCACCGCUACACCGACACCGCCCUUGAUCCCUACAACGCGGAGCUUGGCUUCUGGUGGUCACACAUCGGCUGGAUGCUCGUCAAGCCCCGUCGUCGGCCUGGUGUCGCGGACGUCAGCGACUUGAGCAAGAACGAAGUUGUCCGGUUCCAGCACCGUUGGUACCGCACCCUCAUCCUUGUGUUCGGUUUCGUCCUCCCGACUCUCGUGUGUGGCUUUGGAUGGGGCGACUUCCGGGGUGGUUACUUUUACGCCGGAGCUGCCCGUCUCUGUUUCGUCCACCACUCUACCUUUUGCGUCAACUCGCUUGCGCACUGGCUCGGUGAGGCGCCAUUCGACGACAAGCACACGCCCCGCGACCACAUGAUCACCGCGUUGGUCACCAUUGGCGAAGGCUACCACAACUUCCACCAUCAGUUCCCCAUGGACUACCGUAACGCCAUCAAGUGGUACCAGUACGAUCCCACCAAAUGGUUCAUUUGGGUGUGCCAGCAGGUCGGCCUUGCUAGCCACCUGAAGACCUUCCCGGAGAACGAAGUCGCCAAGGGCCAACUUACGAUGCAGCUCAAGCGCCUUCGCGAGAAGCAGGAGCACCUCAACUGGGCGCCGGACAGUGACGACCUUCCUGUCGUCAACUGGAGCAGCUUCCAGGAACAGUCCAUGAAGCGCCCUCUUGUCGUCGUUGCCGGUUUCAUUCACGACGUCUCUUCUUUCAUGGACGAGCACCCUGGUGGCCGACAUCUCAUUGCCAAGAUGAUUGGCAAGGAUGGUACUACUGCGUUCUUCGGCGGUGUGUACGACCACUCGAAUGCGGCUCACAACUUGCUUUCUAUGAUGCGUGUCGGUGUGCUUCACGGCGGUAUGCAGCACGGCCUUGACGACAAGCGCGUCCCCCCUGGCCAGCGACUUCGGGUUGCACGGUACACCGAGCUCGCGUCGCCUUACGCUUCCUCGACGGCGGCUUCGGAUGGUGAGGGCAUGCUCGGCUGA